ACCAGGUUGAACAAACUAGAGGACACCAUUUCCCUCAUUCUCUGAUUAGGUGAUUGUGGGCAAGGAAAACAAGAAAAAAUCAGAGCAAAGAGACAAAAUCAGAGUUAAAAUCAUUAACAAUGAACUCCACAAAUUCCACCUUCUCUCUAAAUGCAACUUUAGUGCAUCCCCCAUUUUUUUUCAUCAAUGGUUUGAGUAUGCCCCAUGCCAAAUACUACUAUGUUUUUUUGUGUUUCGUUUUUGUGGUCUCUGUGUUGGGGAACUCCUUUGUCUUGUUUAGUAUAUACAAAGAGCGCAGUUUUCACACCCCAAAGUAUAUGGCUGUUUUUAAUUUGUCUCUAGCUGACUUGGGUGAAAGCACUGCUCUUAUUCCAAAUUUAAUUGCAAUGUUUCUUUUUGAUUCACAAUACAUCUCCUUUGACGCUUGCAUGGCAAACAUGUUUUUUGUGUUUUUCUUUACUUGCUUACAGUCUCUCACUCUUGCAGUUCUGGCCUAUGAUAGAUUGGUGGCAAUAUGCUUGCCACUGAGAUACCAUGCCAUCAUCACAAUGCCAGCAAUGGCUGUGAUAUUAACAGUGGUGUGGGCAUAUGAUUCAGUUUUACUGAUUUUAAUGGUGUCAUUGGUUAGUACCAGGUUGUCCUUUUGUAAAUCCAUUGUGGUAAAAAGCUACUUCUGUGAUCAUGGGCCAACAGCCACUUUGGCAUGCAAUGACUAUAAUGUUAAUCGUAACAUGGGAAUUGUCGUCAUAGUAUUACUAUUUUAUGUACCCUUUAUUUUUACGGUACUGUCAUAUGUGUUCAUUGCUCGUGCACUGUUUAAAAUAGCUUCAUGGGAAGGGAGACUUAAAGCCAUGAAGACUUGCUCUGCACACCUAAUUCUGGUGGCUGUGUAUUACCUUCCAAUACUGUACACCUAUGUUUCUGCAUUAGCUUCUACCAUUCACCCGAAUGUCAGGAUCAUGAGUACAUCAUUUGCAAAGGCCAUUAUCCCCAUGAUGAACCCAAUCAUUUAUGUGCUGAACACAGAAGAAGUUAAGGAAUUCUCAAAAAAACUUUUCAAAAGAGAAACAAGUAACCACAACAGAAAUAUUUUAAAAAAUAAAAAUAAAGGAAUUAAUUGA